AUGGAGAGUAUGAGGUCGUGCAGGGGUUGUAAUGAAAUGCAGAUUGUUGUGUGAUUUGCUUUUUCCUCCCGACUGAUUUUCCCUAG